AUGUCAACUGUUGUAAUUCGACCAGGUGGCCCUACCGAGCCUCAAUAUCUUCCAGCAAGAAAUUAUUCUACAGUUAGACAAACCAAUAACAACGCACCACAUUUCGAAUAUGUUUCGUAUGAUAGGGUUCAAGAUCUAUAUGAACAAAGAAAAGGACAUUUUUAUUUCAUUCCCGAAGGAUUCGAACCCGUUCUGGUUCCUAAUGAUUCUAAAGCUCAAACCGUGACAAAUCUAUUGGAAACGUCAAAACCGGUUUCCACGGCUCCAAAUGUUUCACGAAUGCUUCCAGAUACUGACGUUCGUCUUCCAUCUUUCGCCUUACCUUGCGGCGUUUCCGGGCCAUCCAAGAAAGAAACUGCCCCCAAUGGGAAGAUUCCUAAAGUGAAGAAACCACCGAGACCACCAAAUGCAUUCAUUCUUUACAGACGAGCGAAGCAACCUACCAUCGUCGCACAACAUCAAGGCAUCACAAAUAACGAGGUUUCCAAAGAGAUUGGCAAGUUGUGGCAUAGCGAACCGAUGGAAGUUCGUCUUAAAUUCCAAAAGAUGGCCGAAGCAGCUAAAGAAGAGCACAUGAAAAAAUACCCAGAAUACCGAUAUCGUCCAAGAAGACCCCAGGAGAGGAAACGCCGCGUUAACACACGUGAAUCGGUCAGCCGAAGGUCAUCCCCCCCGGUUUUAUCUCAUCAUCUAACGACGCCAAUGGCCGAGAAUCCCGAGUACAUUCCAAGACGAGUUUCAUCAAUAUCUAGCGAUGGAGGUGAAAAUGGAUAUAAUGCAAAUCCUUCAGUAUCAACAAUACCAAAUCAACCGGUUUAUUAUGCAAAUUCGGAAAUAAAUUCCCCAACAGAUAAUUAUGAAAAUUCAUCUAUGCCACCACCACCACAAUUCACCUCAUAUUCGCAACAAUCAAUGAAUGAUUAUUCAGUAUUUGAACCUCAGCCACACAAUAUGUCCAACAUUUCGGAAGACGCAAUAGAAUUCACAGACUUUGAAGAUUAUAAUGAUUAUAAUCAACAAAUCGUCUCCUUAAUGGGUUCAGCGGAUCAUCAUUAUCCUCACCAAUAUAUAACCAAGAAUGACUAUUAA